AUGGCCUGUGAUGCGCCGAAUGCCGACCAGUGCAAGGACAAUGUGAACGUCCCCUGCCUGGGCUCUGAAGAUCGUUGCAUCGACUUCGCUGGGAGGCUUGUCAAUACCAUCAACACCACAUUGGUCUUGAAAGGCUGCACCACACAGAGCGCCUGUGAGCUGAAAAUCAAUGGCAGCUUCUACUAUUACCAGGGCGUGUAUACACUGACCAAAGCCAACUGCAUUCAGGCCACCAGCAAAGGCUGUUACCCUGCUGUUCAUGCCCUGGCGUUCUUUCCGACGUUGGCCGGGCUGCUCCUGAGAGAGGAAAGGGGCUGUGCUAGACAGGUUAGUGCAUCUCUUCAAUUUUACAGAGAACUUGGAGGUGAACGGAAUCACUGUGUGGCUCAAGGAUCUAGGGUUUUUGUGGGUGUGACAGGAAUAACAAUGCAAGAAACAAUGCAGAGCUCGCUGUAUCAGCCGGGACAAGGCCCCGUUCAGCUCCGAGCCCAGCCCCGUGGGCCUCCCAGCACCAGGAUGGUUUCCUUCCUCCUCUGCCUUCUCCCUGCUCUCCUAGCUACAACGAGUGCACAAACUACCCCACCUGCGACCCUGACAUGUAAGACGUGCUUUGGUCAAACAAAGGAGUGCAGUUUUGUUCCAGGGAUCUGCCAAGACAACAAGGCUACUGGUGGCUGCCUCUCUGUGGCAGAAGAUAUUAAACUGGAUGGGACCCAGGACAUGUCCUUCUUCAAACAGUGUCUGAGUAGCUAUAAAAGUGACAUAAAAGUCCCCAUCUCGUUCACUGUUGGGAAUGGCCAGUAUGUGAGGAUCAACACCGCACAAUGCAACGACGCAGAUAACUGUAACUCGGGCGCACUGGAAGUGCCCACGGGGAGCACCACCGAGAACGGCCUGCAGUGCCCCACCUGCUUUGCUCUGAACUUCACUGUCUGCAACAGCACCAUCACCCCUUGUACCGGGGACGAGACCUACUGCCUGGAUUUCACUGGGUUUCUAAAGAAUGGUCCAUCUUCUUCGCCAUUUGAAGCGAAAGGCUGCGCUACUGCAUCUGCUCAGGACAUUAAACCUGGAAGCACCCUGAUUUCUACACCGUACACAUUUUCCUUUUAUUGGGGGGCCACUGUUCCGGCAGAGAAAACCACCGAUGGAGCCAGCCCGGCUCUGGGGAAAUUCUCCUUUGCCCUCUACCUGCCUGGCCUGACUGGGCUGCUGCUGGUGAAGCUGCUGUCCUGA